CGCAGCGCGGCGGGCGUAGGUCUAUGUCGCGGGCAGCGGCGGCGGCGGCGGCCGCGGAGGGACGAUGCGCGAGUACAAAGUGGUGGUGCUGGGCUCGGGCGGGGUCGGCAAAUCCGCCCUGACCGUGCAGUUCGUGACCGGCACCUUCAUCGAGAAAUACGACCCCACCAUCGAGGACUUCUACCGCAAGGAGAUCGAGGUGGACUCGUCGCCGUCGGUGCUGGAGAUCCUGGACACGGCGGGCACCGAGCAGUUCGCGUCCAUGCGGGACCUGUACAUCAAGAACGGCCAGGGCUUCAUCCUCGUCUACAGCCUCGUCAACCAGCAGAGCUUCCAGGACAUCAAGCCCAUGCGGGACCAGAUCAUCCGAGUGAAGCGGUAUGAGAAAGUGCCAGUCAUCUUGGUCGGGAACAAAGUAGACCUGGAAAGUGAGAGAGAAGUGUCCUCCAAUGAAGGCAGAGCCCUUGCAGAAGAGUGGGGCUGCCCCUUCAUGGAGACGUCUGCCAAGAGUAAAACAAUGGUGGACGAACUCUUUGCAGAAAUUGUGAGGCAAAUGAACUAUGCCGCACAGCCCGACAAGGAUGACCCGUGCUGUUCCGCGUGUAACAUCCAGUAGCGCUCACACGUGGCUGCCCUGAAUCGUAGGCGAUACCAGCCUCGUCUGCUCGACAGUGGAGCUUGCAGGAUGUGUGGUGUGACUCUCCAGUGAAAUAGCAGUCCUUGUUCAGAGUGGAGCAGUGAUGGUCAGUUGAUGUCUCUGAGUAACAUGUGGGUUCAGUAACUCCAGUCUUCACCGUUGUCCUCAGUCUUCUCUAGGCACCUGCAGCUUCAGGCAUAGCCAAGUCGAUCUACAGGGUGUUCUCCUUUGAAAGCUAUCAUGGCAUUGUCACUGAGUUGACAGAAGCAACUAUGGUAUAUGUUAAAAAUAAUCAUGGGCAAGAAACCAGAAGAAUUCCUGUGACCACUUACAAUUAAAAUAUUUUGUCUUCUGUUAAAAAAAAAAAAAAUUAAGUAAAGGAGAAAUAUUUUCCUACAAGAGUACUGAAUUUCAGGAACUGAGAUAGUGCUUCUAACCAAUGUAUCACGUCAAGUAAGAUAACAACAGCUGACCUGCCAACAGCAUUACAGGGAGAGAUUCUUUGCUCAGCUGACAUAUUUGUUUUUCAAUAUUGAUGCUUAAUUGUAGAUGUUAUCCUAAUUUGUGACACGGAACUAACUCACACAUCAGUCCUUGAUAGAGCAAAAGUCACAACAGGUUGUGUAAAAAUACAGCCUAGUGUUAGAAUGUGUCAUCACCUGCUUUGCCCAGAAAGUGGAGACUCUUACAAGGGUUUGAGCCGAAUUAAAACCCCAAACCCACCCUCUGUUAACUAAGCAGGGAUGGUCUUUAUUACUUUACUGAACAAGAAGGAAGCAACUGUGACGGAAAGAGAUUGUGUAGCCUUACUAACGAGAAGUGUUCUAGUAGAUUAACUAGUACCAUCAUGUAAGGAAAACGAAGCCAUGUUGCAUCCACAUGUUCCCGUUUGCAGAAACCUCACAGGACAGUACAGAUAUCUUGCAUUUUUACGUUCAUUAAAGCAGCAAAUUCCUUCUUGCCUUUAAGGGCUAUGGUUGUGGUGUGAUUCUUGGCUAACCUGCUUUUGAAAUCAAGUUUUCUAUAGCAGAGCUUUAUCGCAGGCAUUUAAAAAAUUGAAUAAACAUGUGAAAUAAU